CACAUUUUGGAAAUAUUAUAAUAUACUCUUAUGUGCUUGUAUUACUGUACAUAUUUUUAAAGUACAGUAACUUCAUUAUUCAAUCUGCUUACAUUCCUGCUGCCUAUGAUUGUUUUAUGAAUAAGGUCAUAUACCACCCUUUUCCUCCUCGAUGCUCCGCCACUCCACUAUAUGGGUUUCCUUCACCGUCAUUAGAUCGACUGGGUGCCAAUCAAAUUUUCCUCCACAGCUUUGUCCCGCCUCCUCCAACUGCGCAUAUCCAGUCUUUUCACUCAGUCGCUGGUGAUCAGACUGGAGUGCCUUUUUCUCUAUUGUUUUAGCGACUAAUUUAGAUCUAAUUUGAAGAGGGCUACUAAUUGGAAGAGUGUUUUUUCGCUGCGCGGACAGGCGUUCCCGGCUGGGGCGCCUACCGCUGCUCUUAAUUGCGAUCAAUUUAAAAGCUUUAGGGAAGUUCGAACUUUUCCCUCAGCUGAUUUUCGCCGCGAGUGUGGAGCUGGUUAACCGGCGCGCCGGCAGAACCGCCCUUGCUAUUAUAGCCCUCAAUUUAGCGGCGGUUUUACAGUCCCUGCCUUGCCGGCAAACUUGAAUCAGCAGGAGGUCGCUUCCGGAAGAGGCAAAUUGUCAAACUAGUGGUUUAAGCCGCCAAAAGACGAGCGGUUUAUUGACAGUAUUCCGGAAGGAUCAAACGGCACUAAUUGGAGGCGGUUUUUCAUAGCACCACCAUUUUUAACCGCCGUUACUGCGCCCAACUGUCAUCUUGUCAGAGCGGUUAGAGGGCUAUCUGCCUAACCGAGCCUGGUAGAAGCAGUGUGAGGACUGUGCCAACGUUUGGUCUGGGUCCUAACUCCUGACUGUUUUGAGUAUCAUCAACAACUGGCUUAUUACAGGAAAGUAUAUAUUUUUUAAAUUGUUUAUUCCAAUUUGGGGGCGUUGGGAGACUGAUUAUGGCAGAGGAGGCAAUUUCUUCCGAGUUGGAUCAGACCCCAUCUCCUCUUAGAGCUCCUUCCCCCAAGCCACUGAGACAAAAAAAGGUUAAAACCAAAGCUUCAGGGCAUGCUCACCAUCAUGAAUCCUUUCAAUCUGAUGGGACUUUGAGAAUGACUAGACAAGACCAGCGCAGACAUAAUGCUUUGGAAAGACAAUUCGAUAAGGCCAAGCGCUCGGCGCAGGCAACUAUUCAAAGUGGGGAAAAUGACAUAAUUAUACUUCAUCCCCAGUUAGACCAGGUUCAACAGAGCAUGGCUCAGGAUUCGGUCUCUAACCUAAAAAAUCUUUCAGACCCAGAUGCGACUGUUCAGAAUAUGGUCCAGAAUCCAGAAGGAUUUAUAUUACAAGAGGCGGUUCCACCAGGGCCCUUCCUUAAAAAUUUGACCCGGUCAGUCCCAGAGGCCACUUUCACGCCAACAGCGGCCGGACUUAGACUUGGGGAGGAUACCUUGGCUGACCAGGCCAUAGAUGUCCAGGCCUUUUUGGCCCAAACUUUUACCCAAAUUUUCCAGGCAGGCUUACAACACUCAGGUUUACCUGUAGUGCCUAAGGACCCGGUGGCUGUCCACACUGGCCAUUAUCACGCACCUAGAGCUGAGUAUUCACAUUCUGUGUAAGGUGGUAGAACAGCAGAUCUGUUAGAACCAGAGGAUAAUCUGGAGGAUUUUGAACUAUCUGAUGAUGACGGGGACGUGGCUGACAAGCCGGCAUUCCAAGGUCUAUUUAAACCCGCUCUAUUUAAGUCACUCCUUCGCAAAGCGAAGGUAGCUACAAAUAUGGAUAUUGAUACUAACCAAUAAUACUAACCAAUCCUUCCAAUAAUCUGGUUGAUUCGAUGAAUAAUCUUUUCCCAGUACCUACUUCUGAUUGUGAUUUUAUUCCAUAUCCUGAUCUAUUUGCCCAAGUUGUCCAGAAACCUUGGGAAUGACCUGGUUCAAUUUCAGCUCCCAAUAACUUUGAAAAAAGCUUUAUUGUGCAUCUCCGAAAUUAGAUACGCUUUUACAGUACCAUCAGUAGAUGAGCCAGUAGCCAGUCUUUCUUCGUCAUCUGUGUUAGUUGGAGAUGCGGGAGAUGGUUUGAAACAGGAAGAUAGAAGAGCGGAGCUAACUUUCAAAAAAACCCAUCAAGCAGCAGCCUGGGCUAUCAGGGCAGCUACAUCCGCUUCUUUUUUCAAUAGAGCUUCACUAGUAUGGCUCAGACAACUGAAGGACAGAGUUCCGCCUCAAGAUAAUCGUCUCCAACAUGAUAUGGCCAAAUUGAUCGCGGCAGCGGAAUAUGCCGCAGAUGCUUCUUUAGACGCUGCAAAAUUUGCUUCUAGAGCUCUUGCGUCUACUGUUACUUCUAGACGUCUCUUAUGGUUACGCCAAUGGCGCGCAGAUAUGAAAUCAAAAUGGCGCUUGACAUCAGCACCAUAUCAAGGUCAUUCGUUGUUUGGAAAAUCUUUGGAUGCCAUUCUAGUGGAAGGACGGGAUAAAAAGAAAGUAUUACCUUUAUCUUACAGACGCCCUGAUCGUCGGUUUUCUCCGUUUCCCCGUCAGCCAUUUCGUCCUGAGCAGGGAUUCGGAGGGUCCUAUUUUUCACGUCCAUCUUCCCAACAAUACAACAGCUCCACAGACAGAUCUUCCUUUCGGGAUAGGGGAAGACGCCAGGCCGGGUUCAAACGUCCAUUUAGAGGAACGAGUUAUCGUUCCUUCCGUCGCGGAAAAUGACUCCUUGAUGAAUCUUCCCAUUGGCGGCAAAAUCCAAUUGUUCUAUCACCAAUGGGAAAUGUCAACAACGGACAAUUGGAUAAUACAAACUGUAACGGACGGACUUCAGCUGGAGUUCAUUUCAUCUCCCCCUUCCUGUUAUAUUCAAUGUCCCUUACCAUCGAUUCAGUCCAAACAACAUCUCAUGGAACUGGAGAUACAGCAUUUACUGGAAAUAGAAGCCAUCGAAAAGGUUCCUCAACUUCAGGAGACAAAGGGCUUUUAUUCGAUCUUAUUUCUUGUGCCCAAAAGCUCGGGUGGAUGGUGGGGUAUUCUAAAUCUGAAACAUUUGAAGCUCCACGUGAGGUACCGCCGCUUCAAAAUGCAUUCCUUGAGGACAUUACUCGGAUGUGUUCGAUCAAACGAUCUCAUGCAAUCCAUUGAUCUGAAGGAGGCAUACCUUCAUGUUCCCAUCCACCCUGCGCACCGCAAAUUUCUCAGAUUUGCUUACGGAACCCAACAUUUUCAAUACCAGGCUAUGCCCUUUGGGCUAUCAUCAGCCCCUCGGAUGUUCACGAAACUGAUGGCAGCAGUGGCGGCCACUCUCAGAGAGCAGUCGGUAAGAUUGUAUGCUAUUUGGACGACAUACUGAUACUGUCAUCGACAGUACAAAAGGCUCAAUUGGACAGAGAAAGGGUGAUCAAAUCGCUACAAGAACAUGGUCUCACGAUAAAUUGGGACAAGAGUCAUUUAGUACCCACAACAAGGAUAUUGCACUUGGGAGCAAUUAUAGACUCAAAACAAGGUCUGGUGUAUCUUUCGAACGACAGACAAAACAGCAUAAGGAACUUGAUUUCACAGGUACUAUCUCACAGAACAGUUUCCCUGUUAGUGCUGUCCCAACUUUUGGGAAAACUGAUCUCGUCUACCAACAUUGUACCAUGGGCCAGACGCCAUUCUUGUCAGCUGCAAUGGCUUCUAUUGCCAUUUCAGAAACAAGGAGUAGCCAACUCCUUAACAAAGAUCAAGGUUCCCCCAUCUGUGAGACUUUUGCUGAAAUGGUGGUUAUCCCCAGCCUUAUACAAGGGGACUCUGUUUCUAGAACCAGCCAGAGUCAUUCUGACAACAGAUGCAAGUCUGCUAGGAUGGGGGGCUCAUCUGGACUCUCAAUUAGCUCAAGGGACUUGGUCGUUGACCGAGAAACAACAGAGCAUAAACUGGUUAGAACUGAGGGCGGUCAGACUAGCACUUCGACACUUCCACAGGAAGGUAGCGCAGAAACAUGUUUUAAUCCUCACGGACAACAUGGCCACGAAGGCCCACCUAAACAGGCAGGGAGGAACAAGGUCCAAGUCUCUCAUGAUCGAGACAGAGAGAUUGAUGGCAUGGGCAGAAAGGAACGUACUAUCGAUAAGAGCAGAACACAUUUCAGGUUCACUAAAUCAACAAGCAGAUUGGCUGAGCAGAGGAAUAAUAGAUCAGGCAGAAUGGAGGUUGCAUCCACGACUUUUCAAUCUGAUUGUGACCAAGUAUGGAACCCCGAUAGUGGACUUGUUUGCAACAGAGAAGAACAAACAACUCCCAAGGUUCUUCUCAAGAUUCCCGUCUCCGGGUGCAGAAGAUCAAGAUGCGCUGAGGGCCCCUUGGCUGAAGGGACUUCUUUACGCAUUUCCACCUAUUCCUAUCAUUCCACAUGUAAUCAGAAAAAUGAUGGGCGAAAAGGCGGACCUCAUUUUGAUAGCUCCGUACUGGCCACGUCGGGAGUGGUUUGCAGACCUCAAGGAUCGAUCGAUAGACAAACCAUGGAAGUUGCCACUGGACAGUACUUCUCUAAGUCAAGGAGCAGUCUUUCAUCAAAACCCGGAAUGGCUGCAAUUGACCUUCUGGCGCUUGAACGGAUUCGUCUCAUGAAGGACCAUUUACCGAAUGAUGUUAUUGCCACUAUUCAAGCAGCCAGACGGCCAGCCACAAUUCGUAUUUACAACGCGACUUGGAGAAAGUUUGCUCUUUGGUGUUUAGAACACCAUACAGAUCCCACAUCUGCGUCCAUUCAAGACAUUCUUAGAUUCCUUCAGUUAGGUUUAGAUAAAAGUCUGGCUCCAGCAACUCUGACACGCCAGGUGGCAGCGUUAGCCACAGUGCUAUCUACGGAUAAGAGUCACCCUCUAACGCAUGAUGAAAGAAUCAAAUCAUUCUUGCAUGGUGCAGUAAAUUUAAGACCACCUGUGGUACAUAGAUUUCCGAAUUGGGAUCUUAACUUGGUUUUACAGUCUUUAACAUCUGCACCUUACGAGCCCAUCAAGGAAUCCUCUGUACAUCAUCUGACAGUCAAAUUAGCGUUUUUGUUGGCUAUAACAUCAGCUAGGAGAGUGUCGGAAUUGGCAGCAUUGUCAAUUCGAAAGGAUUUGUGCGUGUUCUUCCCGGAUAGAGUUGUCAUGAAACUGGAUCCGACGUUCAUUCCUAAAAUCAAUUCAAUUUUUCAUCGUGCUCAGGAGAUUAUAUUACCAAACUUCUGUCCAGAUCCGAAACAUCCGAUGGAGAAGAGGUGGCACACGUUAGAUGUACGUCGAGCACUGAAAUAUUACUUAUCUAGGACAGCUGAAUUCAGAAAGUCAGAAGCCUUAUUGGUCUCAUUUCUGCCAUCAACUAUGGGUCAGAAAGUUUCAUCAGCAACGAUUGGCAGAUGGAUUAAGUUAUGCAUUUCUGCUGCAUAUAAAUUGAAAGGUUCUCAAGUCCCUGGGGGUAUAGUUCCACAUUCUACGAGAAGUGCGGCUACUUCGGUAGCUUGGGCCGCUCAAGCAUCUAUAGACGAAAUUUGUAGAGCGGCCACUUGGUCAUCUAUAUCCUCUUUUAUAAGACACUACCGAUUAGACACAUUUGCAUCCGCAGAUGCGGCUUUUGGCAGGAGGGUUUUACAAGCAAUAAUUCCCAGCCGUGGCCAGGGGAUGGGUGCAGUUCCCUCCCAAAUGACUUAGGCUUGGGUAAGUCCCAUAUAGUGGAGUGGCGGAGCAUCAAGGAGAAAAAGGGGACGUUGUCUUACCUGAACGUCCAUUUUGUCCUCGAUGUUCCGCCACUCCGACCCGCCCAGUAUUUGUCCAUCACCUGGUCCGGCUGGGGUUUUCUUUAUUUUUCCUCUACAGUGGAAGUACCAUGAUGACUGUGUAGGAAGGUUACAUUGAGGUCGAUGCUUCAGGUCCUGCAGUUCCUAGGGUUACAGUCUGGUGAUAGUUCUGGAGGGACUUCGUGAAAAGACUGGACAUGCGCAGUUGGAGGAGGCGGGACAAAGCUGUGGAGGAAAAUUUGAUUGGCACCUAGUCGAUCUAAUGACGGUGAAGGAAACCCAUAUAGUGGAGUGGAGGAGCAUCGAGGACAAAAUGGACAUUCAGUCUAAACUUCAGGAAAUUCCAAGAGAACAAACAGCUUUUUAAAUAACAAACAAAAAAAACACACACCAUACAGUUACAUUUCAAAUGUAAUGCUGACCUGGGAAAUGGAUCUUGAUAUGCUAAUUACCAAUGAACAGUGACAAGAGGUAAAGAACGGGAAACAAAAGAACCAAUUGUUAAUAUUUGACUAUGGCAGGUGUACCUGAUUCAAAUUGUAAUUAAACAUAAAAGUUGAUUGAUACUUCUUAGUCAGUCAUUGUUUCUUAGUCUAAUCUACCAACAAGAUUGUCACAAGGACACCGCACAAAUAUCUUCCUAAUUAUAUACCUUUAUUAUAUUAGAUAUUAAUAUAUCAAAUGUAUUUCUAAUUUCGUAACUAGCUAUUGAUAAUGGAAACAUAAAAAUAAUAAUUUAAAGUCUGGAAUAAUAUUUAAAUGCUCUAGUAAAUGGGUAUAAAUAGGUAAUGUAAUGCUGUU